CUCCCUCGCUGCUAAAAAGCCCAACUUCCAGUUUCACACUCACACAUGCCGUGAGACACCCAUCAGGAGAGACAUCCACACCCUACAGUGUUCGCGUUCGAUGGAGCUAAGUGCAGCUCGAAGACCUCCAUCGCUUGACCUCGCUGCUUAUAACCAAGGUGUGACACCAAACGAAGCACAACGGCAGGACAACGAGGUGAUCGACCUCACUUGUACGACGCCGCCUCAUGAAGUGUCAACUGCAACCGAUUUCCGAGACGUCAAGCUCCAGGACUUCCACAUAGGAGAUCGGCUUGGAGCGACGAGGGACGGUGGAAAGGGCUUUCAGGGGGUUAACUCCCGCGUCUUCCGGGUAAGAUUGCGUUCUCGGCGGCACGAUCAUGCGUCCAGAGGUCGUGCCGACGGCGCCAAUGCCCAUCCAUCUUCGGUUGCAUCACCUUCUCUACCUUCGGCAACGGCGGGUUCAGCCACAAAAAGUACCCGCAGCACCGAGACACCGAGUUCGACUUCGCCUCCGAGCGGGAGCCUUGUAAAAGAUCUCAUGGGUAUGUGCGAGCAGUUACGGAAGGGGAGCUUUGGCGCUUGCCUUAGUGGGAACUACGGCAGUGUCGAGCAGGGGGCCGCCAACGCGAAGAGAUCUGCUGUGCCAGACAAGGCUGAAGAUAAGCCGGCAGAUACGGAAUGGGCGCUUAAGAUGGUGCUCACUUUAGCUGCCAAAGACCCAUUGCAGGCGGAGCGGGAGAUGAAAACCGAGAUCGACGUGCUCGUCGGUGGACGUAUCCCGCCGCACCCUAACAUCAUGCGUGGCGUUCAUAGCUUUCAGGAUACCAUUGGGCGUGAGCUUCAACCAAGGCUCUGGGAUGGACUUGAACCUAAUGCCGGAGGGACGCUGAGCCCUCACACUACUUUCCUGGUGAUGCCCUUGUUCACGGCGGGGUCUCUUCAGGCUUUACUGAACAAAAGGCGUCUACGAUGCAAGGGUCCGCCGUUCUUGAGGCUCUUAGAAACGAUGCGAUUUCUUAAGCAGAUGCUCAGCGCGAUUAGCCAUCUCCUUGCUCAUGGAGUCGCGCACAACGACAUUAAACCAGACAACUGGCUUCUUUGCGCCGACCAGCGCACCCUCGUACUCACCGACUUCGGCGCUUGCUUCGACUCCUCAAAUCCGCCGCAACCUCGGAGCAAGCCGUCGUCUUCGUCGCCCGCGGUGCCGGUUCCUUGCUUGGGCGCGUCAGCCGCAGUUUCCGCCACCGACCUGGAGCAAACCGCAGUCACUGGCCGUGGUUCGAACCCUUGCCGUUCCUCGGGCGCAGUAGGCUCUACUGCUGCUGCUGCAGCUGCUGCUGCAGCUGCUACAACUAGUGCCGCUUCCAACGGUACUGAUCUAUCGGGUGCUGGUGCUGCCGAGCCGUUGGCGAACGCGGUAACGGGGAGAAAGAGGCCCAUGGAAGCGGGAAAUUUUGUACCGUCCAGAGAUUUUGGUUCCGCGAACAGGAAGCACUUGGGUGUAUCGAGCAUGCCAUCGUGUGAUACCGGAACUAACGCUGACAGUGUGCCUGGCCCGCAAGACAGUAAGAGACGCCGGCUUGGCUACCGUGAUCAAGAGAGGGACAAGGUGCGCAUUUGUUCGGCGACGGGUACUGUGUGCUCGACGACGGAAGUCUCCGACAAGAUGGUGAUCCCAUUCAGCAAUUACUGCGUGGCAGGGGCUCCCAACAUUCUCGCUCCCGAGCUGGCGCGAGCGUGGGAGGAAGAAACGCCUCUGAACUUCACGCGAAGUGAUGUGUUUUCCGUAGGCUUAUGCAUGUAUCGGAUGCUGCGUCCUGACUCGGUCAUCAUCGACAACGGGACAGGGCUGGAGGUAAAAGACCCCUUGGAGAAGACCAAAGGGCUAACAAAUCAGGAAGCCUGGCCGCUGCCAAUAUUCCCGGAGAACAAAGGAGGCUGCCCGUUCGAGGUUUCGCAACUGUGCCGUGGACUCCUGCUAGCUGAUCCAUGUAAACGGCUUGCAGCUUUCGAAGGGCAAUCUAUUGCUUCGAAUUAUGUUUCCCGCCUCGAAGAUGCUGACGGGAAAGGACAGGACGCCAUGGAAAGGAGUGUUUCUGCCUCUGGUUCCGCUGGCGCGAGCAGGCCCCGCUACCAAUUUGAAUCGCCACGCGCCACGGGUACCGGUGAAAUUCACGGUCGAGAGACUCGAGCGGACAAUGCUCUUGCGCGUAAACAUGAACGGUUGGGUUUUGUAGAGAACCCCAAGAGCGGACAUUUCGCUGCAGUUCCUCCCAUCAAGUCUCAUAGCGCCGUCGAUGGGAUGGCUCCACCGCCAUCGCCGGCGGGCGGUCCAUCGAACGACAGUUGCCGUAGAGACCGCAUGUUGCUGUUCAGAGGUGCUGGACGUAUCAACUGCGAACGAGGUGGUGCCGAAGGCGCGACGUCGAACGGGGCUGCUGCUGCAGGAAGAUCGUCCAGCGAAGAGAGGCAACUCCCGAGAGAAGUCGACGAGCUUGUCAAAUCCGAUCGGAUUUCGCAAAUGCGGGAAAUCUUUGCCAAUGCCGCGCCCGAUAAUCUCUUCAAGGCGCUUGACACCGAGGAUUGGGACGUCGCCGCCGCGUGCGCUGUCUUCGGCGACAGUACGAGUGGGGAUAGUCGACCAAAGCUUGACGUCGCACGGGCUAGCGCGCCGGGAGCCUCAGCCACGGAAUCACGGUCCGGACUGUUUUUCGGUGGCGUUGCACAAGAAUUGAGAGGAUUGCGGGGUUUGGAUGCGUGGUCUUUCCGCCGUCGAUCGUCGAUGUGAAAAGCCGAAUGCCGCCACAGAGGAUUGACAGUUACGAUGGAUACGUUCUUGAUGGAGUUGGACCUCCUUGGUAGUUGCACACGCUACGUAUUGCGCGCUCGCCAACGAGCCUCCACUUUCCGCUUUGCGCACAGGAAUGCACUGCUCUAAACCUCGAUGAGGCCAAACCGAGGGGGGCAUGGUAGAAGCUGCACGAGCUUGUCGUUUGUACAGGAUGGAUUGGAUAUGGAAACAAUGAAACCUACCCUGGUUCGUGGGUCUGUUGUGUGUAGGAUGUGGUGGUAUACUUGAAAUGAUUUUUCAAUGUAAUCAAGUUUUUGAUAUACUAAACCUGUACAAUAUAAUGCCGGUAGAGCGGGAUACCAAACUUCGAUAUGGCCUACCGUUUGUCAAACGGUUGGAGAGUAGCAGCAUCCCUGUGUGAACAGCACUAGUUGUAGUCAUGUGUUGCUGGUAAGGGGGUGCCACAAGCACUGAAGCUGCGCUUGUCAGGGAGCCAUUCAUAUGUUUUCGUUCAAAGAGCGGGGGCUCCUCUAGCUGGGGCGGGCGGGCGCUAAAGAUUGUGCGACAUGAUGUUUUGUGUCCUUGCACUCUACGUGUUUGACGUUGAGCACCCGACGAAAUGGUGCGGGUCUCGCCGAGGUAUGUCUUCCAGUUACAGUAGUCAUACCCUUCGUGUUAAGGAUUGGCAGUGCAAAUUUUUGUUUUGUUGAUGUGCGCUGAACUUUGAACAUGUUGAACCUCCCAAACUGCACUCCUUGCAGGCAUGUCUUUCGGGUGUCAUGUGAAGUAGUUCACGAUAGGGGUGGCACAGCCGUUGAUGUACAUUGAUGGCAUAUCCAUCGAAAUGUAUGGUAAGAUGAAGAGUCGUAUGCGAUGCACUUUUGAGUUCCCCGCUUAUGCAUGUCGUUCUCCUGUUCUUGCGCGGUAGGAAUACAGAGCGAAUAAAAAAAACAGAAACAGGUUGCUUAGGGUGUAUCUCAAAGAGCAGCAACAGGGAAAUAAGAAAGUGGAGGCAGAACGAUUCCUCCCCGAAAAGACCCGCUGACAAUUCUGAUCGUU